AUGACUAGAGUGGUGAUUAUUGACAACUACGAUUCCUUCACUUGGAACUUGUAUGAAUACCUAUGUCAAGAAGGUGCUCAAGUAGAAGUUUUCAGAAAUGAUAAAAUUACUGUUGAAGAAAUUGAAAAAUUAAAUCCAGAUACUAUAGUGAUAUCUCCAGGUCCUGGUCAUCCUAAAACAGAUUCUGGUAUUUCAAGAGAUACAAUCAAACAUUUCGCUGGUAAAAAACCAAUCUUUGGUGUUUGUAUGGGUCAACAAUGUAUCUUUGAAGUUUUCGGUGGUGAAGUUGGUUAUGCAGGUGAAAUUGUUCAUGGUAAAACUUCACCAAUUAAUCAUGAUUCAAAAGGUAUGUUUCAAAAUGUUCCUCAAGGUAUUGCUGUUACCAGAUAUCAUUCUUUAGCUGGUACCAAAGGUACAUUACCAGAUGAUUUAGAAGUUACUGCAAGAACAGAUUCUGGAAUCAUUAUGGGUGUUCGUCAUAAAAAAUAUACUAUUGAAGGUGUUCAAUUCCAUCCUGAAAGUAUUUUAACUGAAGAAGGUCAUCGUAUGAUUCAAAAUAUUUUAAAUAUUAGAGGUGGUGUUUGGACUGAUUCUCCAGAUGUUGCAAUUUUCACAGAUAAAGAAGUUUCACAAGUUAAUAAAAAAAUUAAAAUUUCUAUAUUGGAUGAAAUUUAUAAUAAAAGAAAACAAGAUGUUGAAAUUUUAAGUAAAACUCCAGGUUUUACUAUAGAAGAUUUGAAAAAAAACUUUGCAUUAGGUUUAGCACCACCUUUAGUUAAUUUUUAUGAUAAAUUAAAAGAAAAUCAACCAAAGACAAGUUUAAUUGCAGAAGUUAAAAGAGCUUCUCCUUCAAAAGGUCCAAUUGAUUUACAAGCAAAUUCUGCAGAACAAGGUUUACAUUAUGCAAAAGCUGGUGCUUCAGCUAUUUCAGUUUUAACUGAACCACAUUGGUUUAAAGGUUCAAUUGAAGAUUUAAGAAAUGUUCGUCAAGCUUUUAAUUCUUUAUCAAAUAGACCUGCAAUUCUUAGAAAAGAAUUUAUUUUCAGUGAAUAUCAAAUAUUAGAAGCAAGAUUAAAUGGUGCUGAUACUGUUUUAUUAAUUGUUAAAAUGUUGGAUGAUGAAUUACUGAAAAAAUUAUAUAAAUAUUCAGUGGAAUUAGGUAUGGAACCAUUAGUUGAAGUUAGUUCUGCAGAUGAAUUUAAAAGAUCUUUGGUUUUAAACCCAAAAAUCAUCGGUGUUAACAAUAGAGAUUUACAUAGUUUCCAAGUUGAUUUAAAUACAACUUCAAGUUUAGUUUCAUUAACCCCAAAAGAUACUUUAUUAAUUGCUUUAUCUGGUAUAACGAAUAAAGAUGAUGCUAAAAAAUAUAAAGAUGAAGGUGUUAAUGGAUUUUUAGUUGGUGAAGCUUUAAUGAGAGCUAGUGAUAUCAAAACUUUUGUUCAAGAACUACUGGAUUAA